ACACUUGCUCGCGGGCUACCGUACGGUAGAGAAGAAACGGGGCCGACGGUUUAAACAAAAAUUACCAGCAAAGAAAACAAAUAAACAUUAAAAACAACAAGGAGAGUAAGUGUUUCCUCGUCCGAAGCCACAAGUAAAAUUUGCAGAAAAAAAAAAAAUCAACUCAUAUUCUCCGAGGAUUCUCCGGUUCUUCUUUUUAUUUCCUCUCCUACCCAGCGGAGCGGAGAAGCGCGUCAUAUAUCGAAGCGAACGGAUUUAUAAAUAAGGAAUAAAAAAAACCCGUCAUGGAUCCUCAAAGUUUCAAGGAAUUCUCUGCGGAGAUGACAAAUUUCAUUACGAAUUAUUUGGAAAACAUCAGAGACAGGCGCGUUCUGCCGACCGUUGAACCCGGAUAUUUAAUGCCCCUACUUCCUACGGAAGCACCGCAAUCACCCGAAAAUUGGGAAGAAGUUAUGGCCGAUAUUGAGAGGGUCAUCAUGCCUGGGAUUACCCAUUGGCACAGUCCGAGAUUUCACGCUUAUUUUCCAACGGCUCAAUCCUACCCUGGAAUAGUAGCUGAUAUGUUGAGCGGUGCAAUUGCCUGCAUAGGAUUUACAUGGAUCGCUAGCCCAGCGUGCACUGAACUCGAAGUUAUAAUGCUCGAUUGGCUCGGAAAAAUGCUCGAUUUACCUCCGGUGUUUUUAUCAUCCGGCGGAGGAAAAGGCGGCGGGGUGAUUCAGGGAACAGCCAGCGAGGCAACUUUAGUCGCUCUUCUUGGUGCUAAGGCCAAAAUGUUGAAGAAAGUAAAAGAUCAACAUCCCGAAUGGACGGAUAACGAGAUUGUUGGAAAACUCGUAGCUUAUGGAUCCUGUCAAGCUCACAGUUCGGUUGAGAGAGCCGGACUUUUGGGAGGUGUUCGUUUUCGACUUUUGGAUGUUGAUGCGAAGUAUAGACUGAGAGGGAAUACUCUAGCGGACGCUAUACGUGAAGAUAAGGAAAAGGGGCUGAUCCCAUUUUACGUCGUUGCCACGCUCGGGACAACAUCCUCGUGUGCUUUCGAUAAUCUGGAGGAAAUUGGGGCGGUUACUACUCGGGAACAAAUUUGGCUCCAUGUCGACGCUGCCUAUGCAGGAUCUGCUUUCAUUUGCCCGGAGUUUCGUUACUUGAUGAAGGGCGUGGAAUUGGCGGAAUCUUUUAAUUUUAACCCUCACAAGUGGAUGUUGGUUACUUUCGAUUGUUCAGCGAUGUGGCUCAAGGAUCCGACUUGGGUUGUGAACGCCUUCAACGUGGAUCCACUUUACCUAAAGCACGACGCACAAGGAUGUUCUCUUCCUGAUUAUCGACACUGGCAGAUUCCAUUGGGCCGUAGAUUCCGCGCAUUGAAAUUGUGGUUCGUCAUACGUUUAUACGGUGUUCAAAAUUUGCAAAAAUACAUAAGAAAACACGUUGCUCAAGCUCAUGAAUUCGAGGCACUAGUUUUAUCGGAUCCAAGAUUUGAAAUAGUCUCUGAAGUCAUCGUUGGACUUGUGUGCUUCAGAUUGAAGGCAUCGAACGACGUGAACGAGGCGUUUUUGAAACGUAUAAACGGUGCUGGAUACAUUCAUCUCGUGCCAUCGAAAAUCAAGGACACAUAUUUUCUGAGACUCGCUGUGUGCUCUCGUCUCAGCGAAAGUAUAGACAUACAAAAUUCUUGGAAGGAAAUCAAAUUACGAGCUGACGAGGUUCUCGCCGAACAGCCUAACUCCAAGUGAUGGCGGGCCCAAAUUGCCCGCUCUUGCAGAGCCCUAGUUCCUCCUUCAACCUGCAAUCAAUCAUAGCUGAUUCGUUGCAGUUUCAAACUCGAGAAGAACGAAUGAAAACAGAAGAUAGAUUUCCGUAGCAAUAUAAAGUUUCACGUACCCUGCACAUUUUAUCGUCGUGAGAAAAAAGAAAAUAACGUAAAGAAACUAAAAAGAAAUAUCUAUGUGUGCUGAUAAUUUUGUGUAGGUUUGUCUCUCUGUGUGUGUGUGUGUGUGUGUAUGUAAGCGCGCUUCUUAUACGGCGAUGAAAAGAAUGAUAGUUUAAUAAAAUAUUUGGCACGUGAAGUCGCGUGAAUUCGAAAGGAAGAAUUCACGUUACAUAAUUCCUAUGACGACGUAGAAAUGAAUUUGAUGAAAAUGUAAAUCACCUAAAUACUCACGUAUUGAUCAAUCACUAUUGACUAUAUGUAUGUAUGAAAAAAAAAAAAGAAUAGGCGAGCUGCGGUUUGGACAAUAAUAUUAAGAUUAUUGACUAAUAAUUAUAUUACGAUUAACGUCUAUUUAUAGAUCUAUAUAUAGAAUUUGAAUAAGGUGCAGCGAAGUUACCUGAUAUAUAAAUCCGGGUAAAAUUGAUGAUUACCUGAUCAAUGGAUUCAAGGGCCCAAUUAUUGUCGCUUUAAAAACGAUUAUUCGAGGGACCAAAUCGGGGAGGAAAUGGAAAAGGGAAAAAAGACGCGAGGCGAUCUUUUGCUCAUCGUAUUUCACGCUUUAACUAUUGUAAUAAAUACUACAUAUAUUAAUUGAAAGAAAAAAGAAAUAAUAAAAAUACCUGACGUAUCGAACCGGAUUCGAACGCAAAAUAUAUAAUUAUACAUAUUUAUGUCGGUGAAUAAAUCAUCGCGUGUUAUUGUUGUGUGUUAUAUGUGAUUAUAACGAUAUAUAUAUAUACAUAUAUAUUUAUUGUUCCGUCAUGAUAUAUGUGAAGCAUAUAAAUCAUAAAUGUGUACUCCAUCAGACCGAUCGGUUAAUAAAAUAUUUAUUGUUAUCGUGUUCAA